CAUCCUCGCCUCCGUGUGACGCGCAUCAUCCAGUCGGUGUCUGCGCCGCGUCCAGGAAGAAAAAAACAAACAAUCCACGACGGCAAGUGACCGGAUUUAACAGCAGCAGCUCGAGGAACCAUGAAGGACCGCAUGCAAGAACUUCGACAUGGAAAGGAGACGGCAGAAGAGGAAGAUGAAGUCGCCGUGGGUAUGGAGAAAGGCUUCAUGGAUGAGUUCUUUGAACAGGUGGAGGAGAUCCGAGGUUAUAUCGAGUCUCUGGCAGAGAAAGUCGAGGAGGUUAAGAGGAAGCACAGUGCCAUCCUCGCCUCACCCAACCCUGAUGAGAAAACAAAGGCUGAGCUCGAGGAUCUUAUGGCAGACAUCAAGAAGCUGGCCAACAAAGUACGCUCCAAACUAAAGAGUAUCCAGCACACCAUUGAACAGGAAGAAGGACAGAACAGGUCAUCAGCUGACCUGAGGAUACGCAAGACGCAGCACUCCACACUGUCACGCAAGUUUGUGGAGGUGAUGUCAGAGUACAACACCACCCAGUCGGACUACCGGGAACGCUGCAAGGGACGCAUUCAGAGGCAGCUGGAGAUUACUGGAAGAAACACAACAAACGAGGAGCUGGAGAGCAUGUUGGAGAGUGACAACCCAGCUAUCUUCACCUCGGGGAUCAUAAUGGACAACAUCACCCAGCAGGCCAUGAAUGAGAUCGAAACACGGCACAAUGAGAUUAUCAAACUGGAAAACAGCAUCAGAGAGCUUCAUGACAUGUUCAUGGACAUGGCCAUGCUGGUGGAGAGCCAGGGGGAAAUGAUAGACCGCAUAGAGUACAAUGUGGAGCACUCGGUAGACUAUGUGGAGCGGGCAGUGUCAGACACUAAAAAGGCAGUUAAAUACCAGAGUAAAGCCCGAAGGAAGAAAAUUAUGAUUCUUAUAUGCUGUGUUAUUGUGGGAAUUGUCAUUGCUUCCGUUGUUGGUGGAACACUGGCCUAAAAUGCCAACCGACCAGAGACGCAGCAAGUAAUCUAGAGCAGAGCAAAAACAGAACAGACACUGAUGUUCAGUUUCCAGUUUUCCUGAAUGCAGUCUGUUACGUGUAUUCGCACAAGGUGUGUUUCAUACUGUACCAUAUAUUUUACAUGCAGUGUGCAGGGCCACAGGUGUUUUCGCAUGAGUUGCUAUUUUGUAAAUGUGUGGUGCUGCAAAACGUUUUUCUGAGUGUUGUCAAAGAUAUCUUUCCAAAAGUGAUUCUUGAAUGAAAAAGUUACAAAAUUAUAUGUAACACUAUACUAAUACAUUCCAACAUCCAAAUAAGAUGUUUAUUCGGUUGUAAUGUCUGUUUUGUGUUGUACAAUGAAGUAAUAGGCCACGUACUUGCAAUGUUUUCAAAGCCACAUUAUCUAUACUAUGUUUAUUUGCUUUUUAGUUUAAUUGCUUUCUUUGGCUGUAGUCAAAUUUAACUUUACCUGAUGUUCUCUACCUCCUUUCAGAAACCCUGCAUGGUUUAGUUCUGUGUAUAACAGUGUUUUGUUGCAAAACGGAAAGAAGACAGCUGUACAGAUGUUGGUUAUUAUGCUCUUGGAAUCAUCACACUGCCAAACUUUUCUGCCUAAGUGAUGUAGUCAUAACUUCUAGUCAAGGAAGCUUUGUUACUCUUAUUACCUGGCCUUAUCAGUUGUGCAGGAUAUGACCAUCGCUCCAUUGUUGAGUGUGCCUGAGUGCAUGCAUAGUGUGAAAGGGCGUGUGUGAUCAUUGGUGGCUACAUGUUUGAAUGAGUGCGAGUUAUGGGAU